AUGCUAUCACCACACUCUCUGCAACUCUCAACGCUCCAUUCUUCGUCGUUUACCCAUAACUUCUCUCAAAUUUACAAUCCCACCCCUCCUUCUCUAUGGCAAUCAAAGAACCAUAAUCAAACACAGGUAUCCUGCAUUUCGACCCGACCAAGAAAGAAACCGUUUCCAACCGACGAGAAAUCGGAGGCGCAGGAGCUAGUUCGGGUCCUUGUGAGGAGUUUCAGUGAUAAGCAACCUUUGUUAAAGACACUUGAUAAGUAUGUUAAAGUCAUGAGGACUGAGCACUGCUUUAUGCUGUUUGAAGAGCUUGGCAAGACUGACAAGUGGCUUCAAUGCCUUGAGGUACACGUUCAGGUGUUCAGAUGGAUGCAAAAACAACGGUGGUAUGUAGCUGAUAAUGGUUGUUAUUCGAAGUUGAUAUCAGUUAUGGGAAAGAAAGGUCAAACCCGGAUGGCUAUGUGGCUCUUUUCUGAGAUGCGUACCAGUGGAUGCCGGCCGGAUACUUCAGUCUACAAUGCACUCAUUACAGCCCACCUUCACUCUAAAGAUAAAACUAAGGCUUUGACCAAAGCUCUUGCAUACUUUGAGAAGAUGAAAGGUAUCGAACGGUGCCAGCCCAAUGUUGUGACGUAUAAUAUUAUUUUGAGAGCAUUUGCCCAGGCUCGAAAUGUAAAUCAAGUGAAUGAUUUAUUUAAAGAUCUUGACGAGAGCAUUGUUUCACCUGAUAUCUAUACAUAUAAUGGCGUGUUGGAUGCAUAUGGGAAAAAUGGGAUGAUCAGAGAAAUGGAAUUUGUACUUUCUCGCAUGAAAAAUGAUCAAUGUAAGCCUGAUAUUAUCACUUUUAAUUUGCUGAUUGAUUCAUAUGGGAAGAAGCAAGAUUUUGGGAAGAUGGAACAAGUGUUUAAGAGUUUGCUGAGCUCCAAGGAGAAACCAACUUUGCCUACAUUCAAUUCUAUGAUAGUAAAUUAUGGGAAGGCACGGCUGAAAGAUAAAGCAGAGAGUGUUUUCAAGAAGUUGACUGAUAUGAGAUAUACACCAAGCUUCAUCACAUACGAGAGUCUCAUCAUGAUGUAUGGAAUUUGUGACUGUGUUUCUAAGGCCAGAGAUAUAUUUGAUAAUAUGGUUGAAUCAGGAAAGGAGGUCAAAGUUUCAACCUUAAAUACUGUGCUUAACGUUUACUGUAUGAAUGGUUUGCAUAUAGAAGCACAUAUGCUUCUUGAAAAUGCACGCAUUGUAGGGGUGCUUCCAAAUUCAUCCACAUAUAAACUUCUGUACAGGGCCUACACUAAAACUAACAUGAAGGAGCUUGUACAGAAGUUGCUAGAGCAUAUGGACAAAGAUGGCAUCAUCCCUAAUAAGAGGUUCUUCGUGGAUGCUUUGGGAGCUUCCAAAUCUUCAGGGGCAAGUUCAGAUUCUGCCAUUCCUCGCAAAGGUUCAAGCAGCCCACUGAACAAUGCCAAGACUUCAGCAGAAUGA